AUGUCGUCCACCGAUAAAAUUCUCGCAUGUCCAAUCGUUUCGAUCAACGCCCGAGUUUGGCGCUUUUGGUCCUUCAUCCUGAAGCACGACUACAUGCGGUACAUCAGCAUCCCUCCGGUUACUGUGAUGACCGUGUUAAUGUUCACCGAUCUGUACCGGGCGUGGGGAAAUAUCGGUGAGGUGAUCAUCAACGCCUACUUUGCCGUGCUUUUCUUCAAUGCUGUGUUGCGAACGCUGAUUCUGGUGUACUACCACGAAGAAUACGAAUCAUUCCUCGAAAAAAUUGCCGUCGUUUAUAAGGAAAUUGAGGCAAUGCAGGACGACGCUAUCCGAAACAUGGUUGAACUUUUCACCAAGCGAGCUCGGAUGAUGUCAAUUUCGAACCUGGCCUUGGGUGCGUUUAUCAGUGCUUGCUUUGUGGUAUAUCCACUGUUUACCGGAGAAAGGCGGCUCCCCUACGGAAUGUACAUAUCCGGAGUGAAUCAAUUCGAAUCUCCUCUGUAUGAGAUCCUGUUUGUGACGCAAGCUGUGCUCACCUUUCCGGGAUGUUGCAUGUACAUUCCAUUCACGAGUUUCUUCGUUUCAACAUCGCUGUUUGGAUUGAUUCAGAUCAAAUCACUUCAAUAUCGGCUGGAGAACUUUCAGCAAUGUGCCGCCGGGAAAUCUAAUAAAGAACAGCGCUCACAGCUGGAGGCCAUAAUCAAUGACCAUCAGCGGGUUAUUGCCUACGUUGGUGAACUGAACGGACUGGUAGCAAACAUUUGUUUGCUAGAGCUUCUUUCGUUCGGAAUGAUGCUCUGUGCUUUACUGUUUUUGUUGAUUGUUAUUGACCACAUGGCGCAAAUCAUUAUUGUCGUGGCAUAUAUUUUCAUGAUAAUCUCGCAGAUUUUUGCCUUCUACUGGCAUGCCAAUGAAGUACGCGAGGAAAGCAUGGCCAUAGCCGAGGCUGCCUAUAGUGGUCCGUGGGUCGAAGUGGAUCAAGCGAGCAAGAAAAAGCUACUGCUAAUUAUCCUCCGGGCACAAGUGCCACUGGAAAUCUCUGUAGGGAACGUCUAUCCUAUGACGUUGGAGAUGUUCCAAUCGCUGUUGAAUGCAUCCUACUCGUAUUUUACCCUGCUGAGACGUGUUUAUAAUUAA